AUGCCGGUUUAUCCUUCGGUCGAGCCAAGCAAUUCCGACUUUCCACAGCAGCCUGAACUUGAUUCUCUGGUGCAAGAUGAACUGCAAGGCGGUCUUGCACCGUGGCGUACAUGUGCGAUUAAUGCACCCGCUAACCUCGCUGGUGGUAGAGGCAAUCUAGCGUCCGAUGCGUCCCCACUUGUCUUUGGAGGCGGCGUGUUCGGUCAGGAUAUGUACAACACCUCUGAAACGUUAGCCUCGGACCUUCCCAUUCGAACCGUUCGCCUAGCCCUCCGUUACGGAUUCAACGCGUUCGACACAUCUCCAUACUACUUUCCGUCUGAAUUUACGCUGGGCAACAUCUUGCGCCGUCUACAGCCCGAGUUUCCUCGCGAAUCGUACUUCAUCAUCACAAAGUGCGGAAGGUACGGCCCCGAGAAGGAGCACUUCAACUACACCGCGACCAAGAUCGACGAGAGUGUCAGGGCAAGUUGUAGAAGAUUGGGCACCGAGUAUGUGGAUGUAGCACUUACGCACGAUGCCGAGUUUGUAUGUGAGAAGGUGGGAAGGAGUCACGAUCAAGGGUGGGAGAGUGGAGUCGUUUCUGGACUCGUGGCUCCAAAAGAGGUGGGUUUGGAUUCGAAAGAACAAGUGCUUGCAUCUUUGGGUCUAGCAGCGACUCUCAAAGAUGCAAGCAAGGUGCACGGACAGGGCGACGAACAAUUCUUGGAAGCGAUCAGAACAUUGUUCAAGUUGAAAGACGAGGGUGUAGUUCGAAGCGUUGGUAUCUCUGGCUACCCUUUGCCCGUUCUGUUGCGACUAUCAAGACUGGUAGCUACCACAGCGCCUUUUCGUCCGCUCGACGUGGUGUUGAGCUACUCUAACCACUGUCUGCACUCGGACGUGCUGAUGGGCUGGAAAGACCUCUUUGCUGCCGAUCCUCGUGGAAAGGACGGCGAGGACUCGCUCAAAGAGCUGCACUGGAAAGCACCACUUCUGAUGAACGGCUCGCCCUUCUCAAUGGGACUUUUGACCGACGGCACACCGCCACCAUGGCAUCCGGCAAGCAACGCCCUCAAAGCCGCCACCAAGGAAGCUAGCCAAACACUCAUUUCUCAAGGUAGCUCGCUCACCCUCACCUCGCUCGCGUACGGCUUCCGCGGAUCCGAACUCCCGCAUCCCAGCGGCAACGGUCCACAGCUGAGAACAUUGGUGGGUCUGAGCCACCCAGAUCAUGUGCACAGCGCUGUCGAGGCGUACCGCGUAUUGUCGGCCGGAGCUGCUGAAGCUGGUACAGCGCUCUAUCCCGGAAAACAGGAGGACAAGGAUGCGAAUUUGGCAAAGUACAAGAAGCAGACGCAGAACGAGAAGGUGAUUCGCGAGCUGUUUGCGCAACGUGGGGUGCGCGAGUGGAGUUGGGCUAGCGGUCUUUGA